AUGGUUCGCUUUCCCAUCUGGGCUUCCAAGCGAGUUACGGGCAGGGCCCAUGAUGUGAAUCUCACCGUGAAUCAGGGCCUGCUUGCGGCGGAGGCUUGCUGCGCUUGUGGGGGUGGGGUGCGGGGAGCUUCUUCCUUUGCAUACGCCGCUCUUAACGUGCCCUGCGGCAAAACCAACGUGGACAUGCUGCCCUUACCGCGCCUGGAUGCUACCUACCUCACGGAGCAGUGCAUGGUGCACCAACUGAACUUGACCAUGGACGGGCGAACCGGCAAGGUAUUCGGUGAGCUGCACUCGCUAGAGCCCCAGACCAUCGCCUGCCAGAUCACUGCUACCGCCUCGCGGCCACCAGGCUCCGAUUUAAUCAUACCGGAGACCUUCGCGAGCCUUCAGAUUCGAGUGGUGCACUUCGCAUACAGCGGCAGUGCCCUGACCUUUACCCACCCAAAUCAGACCUUCGCUCCAGCGUUUCAUGGAUUCUGGGAUCAGUUCAAGCUCCGCUGCACGCCAGACUUGCCCUGGGCACAGAUUGACGGUCUGGGCACCAUCUCGCAGAACGGCAAGCCACCCAUCCCGCGCACUGCCGGCUGCACAGUCAGCGCCAAGGGGUGCUUGGAGGGUGAGUGGGGCAACUGCACCAUGGUGACACGGUCUACAGAGACCUGGUGGCUGCCAACGAGCCUUCUGAGCUCUUCCUGGUCUCAGAGGCCUCGCGCAAGUGGGUCAAGGUCAAUGAGGUGA